AUGCUCCUUGCCAGCGACACCAUAAAACACGCCAAGCAUUACGCAAGCGUGCUGCUUUCUCUGAAACCGCUUGAGCGGCAACGAGUAAUACUGCACAGACACCUAGUGGACCUCAACAACGCGCUGCGAGCCCGGAUCAGCGACCUGCGAAAGGGCUAUUUUGACGAUGUCGCCAUUCCGUUUGACAUUGAACAGCAACCAGUAUUCCCAUACGAGCUACCGUACGGCGGCCUUAUUAGAGGCCAGGACGAAAAAGUGUUGCAAAACAGACUCAUAGAACCGCAGAUGCUGAACCUCAAAACUAAAUGGCCAAACCUAUUUUUCAACGACUUUCUGUAUAGCGACCUGUCGACAUACCACGUCCAUGUCUCGAUCUCGCCGAUUGUGAUGUACGAAUCCGACGCGUCGAUCAUCCACUACAAACGCGAAUACCAGAAAAGAAGCAAACAGCUCAGAGACUCCGGGAAGUACUCCCGUCUGCCCAUCAACCUGAACGGCAAGGUGAAAAUGUUUACGAGAAUCGACUACCAGCGGUUUUUUCUAGCGCUCUCGCUGGAUGAGCCCACAGUCAAGCUGAUCGAGCCGAUUUGCGACACGUUCUGCGCCAUUAGAUUCUCCCAGGACGACGUCGGCUACGUGAACGGCGAGGUGCCCGAGUCGCCGAUGCGGAAACUUGACAGCUUGCACGUGUCACUUGGGAUGAACGCGCUCCAGCAGCCGCAGACCAACAACUUUCCCUUUGGCAUGUACGAGCUGAGCUAUCUGAACAACGUGCUACUCAAGCCUAAAGACGAGCUGCUCAAAAAGUUUCCCGAUCGACUGGGGCUGGACCUGAUUAGCGACGUCAAGCUGGAGCUGACGCCCGAGGAGUUGCAGGAACUGCAGUUUGAGAGUUCGCGACUGGUCUGCUCGCUGGACAAAGGCGAGCUAUGGGAAGAUCUCUGA